AUGACCCUGUGCACUUUGAACAGCCUGAGCAACCGUAUAGGGCGGCUCGGCUCCCACACCCUCCCCUUCUCUUCAGAAGAGGCCCGAGCAGUACCGGACGCGCUGAACCCCUCUCGGGCCGCAAGCUCCGCUCUGCCCCAGCCUGCAGCUCUCUCUGCAGCUCUCCCCUUGGGCUCCUCUCGCACAGGUCGGCUCCCGCCGUCCCUCCUGUGCGCUCUCCCGAACAACCUGCCUCCCGGGGCGGCCGGGAGUGGUAGGGCACGUUGUAAACAGCAGGGGAGGCGAGGGCCGGCGCUCUGGGGUUGCACCUGCCUGGAGGAGCCCGAGCCGCACAGGGACACCGGGCUGCUCCCUGGCGCCGACCCGUCCGGCCGCGCACUGGGAGGCCGGCGCUGUGCAGACCCGGACAGGCGCUGCCCUUGCCCGCCUCCUGCGGCCAGCCCGGCCCCGCCCGCGGGCCUCUCCGCCCUAGCAGGGAAGGAGUUAAGCUCCAGGCUGCUCCGCGUGAAUGUGGAGCUAUUAAUACCCACAGCCCCGCCGCUGGCCGCCACGCCACGGAGCGGAGGAGCAGGAGCGCCGGGAGCGAAGCAGCCUCCAGGCCCGCUCCAGGGCCAGAACUUUUCCCGGGGACAGCAGGACAAGGGGAGCCCCGCCCGGCCGGCCCAACCUUCAGCUCCAGGUCUCAGCCCACUCUCGGAGGCUACUGCGCCACCACCCCUGAGAGCAGAGCAAACUUUCUUAGGGGAGCCCCCAGUGCCUGCCGGCCGUCGGGGGGACAGCUCCUGGUCAGACACAUGGACAGAGGGACAGGUCGUCCGUGGGCCUGUCCUCCCAGCCACGCCUCCGAGGAACAGCAGCCGCGGAGGGGCUGAGGCCACCUGGACAGAGGAGGGACCUCUGUGUCCUGCCUGCCACCUCCAGGCCAGGACAGGAGCCCUGGGAGACAGAGCCACCGGCUCUCCCGCCCACCGGGACGACGGGCAACCUGAGGGAGAAGGCGCAGGCGGCGGGGGCGCGGGCGCGGGGCCCCGAGGCGGACAGGCUGCUGAUCCUGGCGCACGCUGGCUCGGGGACCCCUGCCCUGGCCCCGGAUGAGGCUGCCGAGGUCGUGCCCGGCCGCCCCUGCCCUGUCCUAGAGCUGCCUCCAGCCUGGCCCCUGGGCUGUGGAGCCGACGAUGUGCCAGCCUUCUGCUUGGUCUGCUUCCACAGGGAGGAGGAGGAGGAGGAGCCGCUGGGAGAGGUCCCGCUGCGGAGGACACUCCUGCCUCCAUCUUGCCACUUUCUAAGGAGUUCUGGAGUCCUUUUUGCUGAGUGCCUUUUGUUGUGUUAUCAUCUGCCUUGGUGUCCUGAGUAGAUUUAAAACCUUCCGUUGCGUGGUUGCUUUGUCCGGAGAAGAGGCCGAAGUUGCCCAGUGCCAGACCGGCGGAGUGAGGUGGCGUGGACACAGGCCCUGUGUGUACAGCUGCCUUUCUGUGGGAUGUCCCUUGGCGGCAGCGUCCCUGUUUUUUUGUUUGUUUGUUUGUUUUGU